AUGCUUUUCUUUAUCACAUCCUUUUCAUCUUUUUUUUUUCUUUUCUCAUCCUUUUCAACUUUUUAUUUGUUCUUGGCUGCCUUUUUUCUCCCCCUUUUUCUUUUCUCCCCCGUUCUUCUCUUGCUUUUCGUUAUGCAUUUCUUUUUCUCUUCCUUUUAUUUUCUCUCCUUUUUCUUCCCUUCAUUUUCUUUAUGUUUUUUUCUUUUUCUCGUGAUUUUCGUCUUCCUUUUCUUUUUCUCUUCCUUUUCCUCUUCAUUUACUUUUUUUCUUCCUUUUUUCUUUUACUUUUCAUUUCUCUUCCCUUUCUUCGUCUCUUACUUUUUAUUUUCGUUUUUUUUUCUAUUUUUAGUUAUUUCUCUACUUCUCUUACUUUUUGUCUUUUUUCUUCAAUUCCUUUUAGUCUUCCGUUUCUUUUCUCUUCUAUUUUUCUUCUUUUUUCCCUUCUUUUCCUCUUUCUUUCCCUUUUGUUUUCUCUUCCUUUUAUGUCUGCAACUCUUUUCUCUUCCUUAUAUUUACAUAGCCCUUUUCAUUUACACUUUUACUUUUAUUCUCUUUUCUUUUUUUUUUGACUUUCUCAUUUUAAUCAGUUACGUUUUUCCUUUCCUUUCCUUUCCUUUUCUUUUUUCCUUAAACGUUGUUUUUCUUGAUUUUGUCUUCCUUUUUCUUAGCCUCCUCUAA